AUGAGUUCCUCAUCCGCUGCAGUGGCAGCAGCAACGUCAUUAGAAACAGACGAUGCCACUAAAUCAGCAAAAGCCAGCUAUCAAAUCGUCACCUCACACCACAACUUCCAUGAAACCGAAUCCCAAAGACCCAAUUUCGACCACAAUGCCCCCAUCAAUAUCACCAAAUCGCCUUACCCUAGCUGGAAAUACGGCCAAGGAGUUCCCGACAACAAUCACAGCGCCAGCAAAACCCACCACGAGAUCGAUCCCUACGCUGAGGAUCGCCCAAUGGUCAACAAUUACCGACUGCUCGUGUCAGGCAUCGCACCCCGACCCAUCGGCUUCAUCAGCACUAUCUCCAGCGAUGGCAAGACCGAGAAUCUUGCGCCCUUCAGCUACUUCCAAGUGGUGGACCACGACCCACCCAUGUUCAUUGUCGGGUUCUCAUCCCGCCCUGGCGCAGUCAAAGAUACAUACCGGAACCUGAAAGAGACCGGUGAGUGUGUGAUCAACACCGUUUCCGAGGGGAUGAUUGAGGCUGUGAAUGCGACGUCAAUUGAUGCCCCGUAUGGGGUGUCGGAGUGGGAGGUAUCGGGUCUGGGUAAAGCGCCUAGUUCGACUGUCAAGGCACCGAGGGUUAAGGAGUCUGUUUUUUCUGUCGAGGGAAAGGUUAUCGAUAUCAAGGAGUUCGAGGCGCAUAAGCCGGGCAUGAGUUCUCCUGCGGUGGUUUUGAUCCAGGCAACGAGGUUCUGGGUGCAGGAGGGUGCGGCGGAUGAGGAGUUUAGUCAUAUUGACUUGGAGAAGUUGAGGCCUGUGGCGCAGUUGGGUGGGGUGUCGUAUGGAAGGAUUUCGUCGACAUUUGAGAGGCCUAGAAAGAAGUGGGAUGAUGAGGUUGGGAAGAGUGAGUUGUUGGCUGAGUUGGAAAGGAGGAACAAGGACAGUUCGUAA